CAUCUGAGUGACACUGAUCUCUUCUGCUGGACGGAUUCACUCACUGACUGAGAGAGAGAGAGAGAGAAGCUCCUAGAAGCAGCAAAGAGUUGAAACUAAAGGAACCUAUUCAGGCGGAUUGGAUUGGAGACAUGACCAAAGAGACUGAGACUCUGGGACUGGUCCUUCAGAGCGAGAACUUCAUCUAUAACCGUUACAAUAGCUACACCAUGGACUCCUGGUCCUACCUGGAGAGCCCUGGCGCCGAGCACGCUGCCCCCAAACCCAGACUCCAACCAGGAGACGACCUAACGGCCUUAACCCUGCUUUAUGAGCAGUGCAAGAACCACAAAGACCAGAAGAUUGUUACCAGCAACCGGGUCGGCAGCAUCUGCAAAACAGAGAGGAAUCAAACCAACACCAAUGAGCUUGCUUCAUUGGGGGCGUCCGCCAACGUCAUGAAGAACCUCUCUGAGGGGGUUCCCUUGAGCCAUUCCCAGGAGUUUUUGGGAUCCAAGCAGGACGCCUCACUGGCUAUCUCUGCCCCCGCCGCCUCAGACAGCUACGCCACCCUGACCAGCGUGGUGGCAGACACUUACGACAAGCAGGAGCUCAACAUCAUAUUUGACUCCCUGUUGACCGGCACGUUCCCCGAUCCUAGCACAGAGACUAUUCACUACGACGGCUUCCAGGAAGAAGAAUCCAGCCCCGUCUACUCCGGCUCCUACACCGGCUCCCCGCCGGAGAGGUUCAGGAAUGAGUUCCAGUUUUCGCUGGGUGCUCCCUUGGCUUCUUCUUGCAAGUCCAGUGAGCUGCCCAUGGUCUACCUGAACAAGGGCCAGUUCUACCCCAUCACUCUCCAGGGAGUGGACGGCAGGGCCUGCCACGCUGCCACUAAAGUCAAGACGGUGGUGAUGGCUCUGUUUGAGAAUGACAAGAGCCCAGAAAUGCAGCUCCGCUUCUGGAAUCACUGGCACGCUCGUCAGCCCACGGCCAAGCAGAGGGUUAUCGACAUCGCAGACUACAAAGAAGUUUUCAGCGGCAUUAGCAAUGUGGAGGAGUUGGCCUUCAACGCUCUUUCCUUUGUCUGGAACCCCAACGAAGAGGCCAAGGUUUACAUCGGCAUCAACUCCCUAAGCACAGACUUCUCGUCCCAGAAGGGGGUUAAAGGCCUGCCUCUGAACCUGCAGAUUGACACCUACGACUGUAGCUCAGGAACCAACCAGCUCCUCCACAGAGCCGCCUGCCAGGUCAAGAUCUUCUGCGAUAAGGGUGCUGAGAGGAAAAUGCGUGACGAGGAGAGGAAGAGGAGCAAAAGGAGGGUGAAGCCCGAUGCUAACGCCAACAAGUCAUCAGGGAGCAGCGACUGUACCUUCUUCCAAACCCUGGCUGAUCACAUCACCCAGCCAGUUCUUUUCAUUCCAGAAACACACCUCUCCAGCUUACAGCGCAUGGUUCCUCCCAUGGACGACAAUGAAAGGAGUUCUUUGAAGAGAUUAUAUCCAGACAGAGAACAAAUGAGCGCUCCACCUAGCAAACAAGCCCGCAGAGAAGACCCACAAAGAGUUCUGCUCUAUGUGAGGACGCACUCCGAUGAGGUUUUUGAUGCGCUCAUGCUCAGCACGCCUACGCUGUCGGGCCUACGGGAAGCUGUUUCAGAAAAGUACGGUGUACGGCAAGAGACCAUUGGGAAAAUCUACAAAAAAUGCAAGAGAGGGAUUUUCAUCAACAUGGACGACAACAUCAUCGAGCAUUACACCAACCAGUCGGCCUUCCUCAUUGAGAUGUCCGAGGUGAUCAACGGUCAGUUCCAGGUCACCCUCAUCGAAGUAUGAGAGCGAGCUUUUGAAGCCGUUGAAGAACGUAACUAUUCCCAGCUGGCAGUUUGGACCAUCUCUUAUAGCACUGCUCAGUCAAAGACAAUGUAAGCUUUAGACUGCCAAAACCAAUGAGAGAAGCUGAAGAGAGGCAGCGUUUUUAUGAUGUAAAUACCCCUCGCCCCACAAUUUUGUUAUUUGAAUUGUAACUCAAGAGCAAUUAUGAUGAACAACCUGUACAUAAAUAAUGUAAAUAGAACUUAAUAUGAACGUGUUUUAUGAACUAUCCAUGUGUGUGUCGCAAUCCAUUUUCCACAUAUUGCUAUGUAUUUCAAUUUUUUUUUUACAGAGCUCUCCACAAGUUUCGUGUACAAUGCAUUUUCAAAGGUUCCUAUUCUUGCUGCUUUUAAUGUAUCUAUCAUUUAUUCUAAAAGAGUCGAUGUUGCGUUUCCUCGCCCACAACCUACUUCUGGUGUUUAUUCACUGCCACGAGUAUCAUCCUGUAGGUUCCUGUUAGUUUCACCACUAACCCGAUGGUUUCAUUUAGAACCUAAAGUCAGACAUUUCCACCCAAAAAACCACACAAUAGUUAGUAUUGGCCAUCAUUUAGUCUGGGGUUGUGAACAUUUGCUUCCUCUACAGUGUAAGCACAGAGUUAAAAAGAACCAAAUCCUGAGGCCCGCCAAAGGAUUUUCAUUGUAUGUGUGUGUGUGUGUGAGUGGGUAAAAACCACCAGAAUCAUUUUCCCUUUUACAUUACGCAUCAUUUCAAAACAAGCAUGUAUCCCUGUAAAAUUUCAUUAUUAUAUCAUGGCAAUUCUACUUGUAUUAGUCCCAUCGUGCCUUUUUUCUAAGAUAAUAAAGAAAAUGC